AUGUAUCGCCACCCGUUACUGCCUUUCUGCUCUCUUCCUCCAUUUCCUGCUCGGUUCACCCCUCUUUCUGCUCUCUUCCCCUUUUUCUGCUCACAUCACCCCUCUUUAUGCUCUCUUGAUGCCCUUCCUGCUCGCCUCACCUCACCCCUAGUUCUUCUCUAUUCCCGCCCGUUUCUGGAUGAGGUCUUCGACAUGAGGAAGGUUGGCACGCAAGGAGGUCUUUUCGAGACUGAAGAACCCAACGAGUGUGGCCAGGUGCUGUUUGGACAAGCUGAAGCUAAGGGAGUAGCAGUCAAUGACUCUCCUUACCUGCCUUCCGACUCCCUCUCUCCCAUUCCUCCUCCCCCUCCCUUGUCCCAUCUACUCCACCUCCCCUAUCCCCCCUUCUCCCACCGCCUCUUCCUCUCUCUCCCCACUCUCCCCCCCUCUUUCCACCACAGCCAAGUGAACGUGACGAGGUGGUGUCUUGACGACCUGCAGUUGAAGGAAGAGGAAUCAGUCUUGCGCUUCCCUCUCUCCCCUCUUCUCACCCCCUCCUCCCCUGCUCCCUCCCAGAACAUGGUCAACGUGACGAGGUGGUUUCUGGACGACUUGCAGCUGAAGGAAGAGGACUCGGUCGUGGUGAAGAUGGACAUUGAGGGGCACGAGUGGGCGAUUCUGCAGCACUGGCUCUCUAAUCCCCGCAUGGCAGCGAUUGUAGACGAGCUAUUCGUCGAGGUGCAUUAUCAUCACCCAAGCAUGACGGUGUUCACUUGGAAUGAGGCAACCUUUGGUCACACGCGUGAGGAGACGACGGGGUUGCUGACUGAUCUAAGGAAAGCUGGUUUCUACGUGCACCCUUGGCCGUAG